AUGGCCAAGAGGAAAUGCUGCUGGUGUUUCGCCCUACUCGUCGCGUUAGCGCUCCUUUGGAGCCGCUCAGAGACUAGCGAAAGCCGGUUCGUCGCCGGCGCCGCUGGCGUCGAGACUCUUGCCAACGCGAACUUCAUCAACCGCGACGUGCCGUGCGAGGAGAUCUACGUUGUCCGGGAAGGAGAAACGCUGCAGACCAUCAGCGCGAGAUGCGAGGACCCUUUCGUUCUGGAGAACAACCCGCACAUAUACGACCCGGACGACGUCUAUCCCGGGCUGGUUAUCACGAUCACGCCUUUCAGAGAAAGGGGAAGGCCGAGCUUGUAA